GGGGCCUGUGGGUCUUGGAGAUACGUGUGAGCUCUGCCCCAGUAAGGGCUGGAGUAGCUGUAGCACGCUGGCCUGUCCUGGGACGUGCCCCAGUGCCUCAGUUUCCAGGCCUGGCCAGCCCGGGGGCAUUGGGAACGGUGGACACCACCCUGUGGCCUGUUGGCGUUCUAGACCCUGCUAGAGGUGGGGUGUGCAGAAGAGGCAGGUAGGUGAUAGUGCGAUUCCUCUUGAAGGUUCCAGCCUGGGCUGCCUUGGGGCAGGAAGUAUGGGCCAGGGUUUCAGUACUGAGUGAUCUGUGGGUCCUUGCUCACGACCAUGUGGACAAUACCUGAGGCUGUAACCUAGAGCCCCCAGCCCUGCUGCCGCUCUGGUUUGUUGAGUGUGCUUUCAGACCCGACUUCUAACUCCACAGUAUCUGCAAGAGCAGUGGGGAAGUGUGCCCCGUAACCGCACCCCAGAUCCUCUGCGGUUUGGGGGCUCCUGUUGGUGCAUUUUGCAAGGUCUCGUUUUCUCACCGGUUUGGUCAGUGACGGUGUGUGGCUCUGGACGUGUCGUCUUUGCUUAUGCGUCGUGACCCUCGCUCCCCGUCGUCUUGGAAGCUCUUCGUGGGCGGUCUUGACUGGAGCACCACCCAAGAGACUCUACGCAGCUACUUUUCCCAAUAUGGAGAAGUUGUAGACUGUGUGAUCAUGAAAGAUAAAACCACCAACCAGUCUCGAGGCUUUGGGUUUGUCAAAUUUAAAGACCCAAACUGUGUGGGGACGGUGCUGGCCAGCAGACCACACACACUGGACGGCCGAAACAUCGACCCAAAGCCAUGCACACCUCGGGGGAUGCAGCCGGAGAGGACACGGCCGAAGGAAGGAUGGAAAGGACCCAGGAGCGAUAACAGUAAAUCAAAUAAGAUAUUUGUCGGUGGGAUCCCUCACAAUUGCGGUGAGACAGAGCUCAGGGAAUACUUCAAGAAAUUCGGAGUGGUCACAGAAGUGGUCAUGAUCUACGACGCAGAGAAACAGAGGCCUCGAGGUUUUGGAUUUAUUACUUUCGAGGACGAACAAUCAGUGGACCAGGCUGUCAACAUGCAUUUUCACGACAUCAUGGGCAAAAAAGUGGAAGUUAAACGGGCCGAGCCACGUGACAGCAAAAGCCAAGCGCCGGGACAGCCAGGUGCCAGCCAGUGGGGCAGCCGGGUCGUGCCCAGUGCUGCUAAUGGCUGGGCAGGCCAGCCCCCACCCACGUGGCAGCAAGGAUACGGCCCACAAGGAAUGUGGGUACCAGCCGGACAGGCAAUCGGUGGCUAUGGACCGCCCCCUGCGGGAAGAGGAGCCCCCCCACCGCCGCCACCGUUCACCUCUUACAUUGUGUCCACCCCUCCCGGAGGCUUCCCCCCUCCUCAGGGCUUCCCACAGGGCUACGGUGCCCCUCCACAGUUCAGCUUUGGCUACGGGCCGCCGCCUCCACCGCCGGAUCAGUUUGCCCCGCCUGGGGUCCCUCCUCCACCUGCUACUCCAGGGGCAGCACCUCUGGCCUUCCCACCGCCUCCGUCUCAGGCCGCCCCCGACAUGAGCAAGCCCCCGACGGCCCAGCCAGACUUCCCCUACAGCCAGUACGGUUACGGACAGGACUUGGCCGGCUUCGGACAGGGCUUCUCAGAUCCCAGCCAGCAGCCCCCCUCGUAUGGGGGCCCCUCAGUGCCGGGCUCGGGGGGCCCCCCCGCCGGCGGAAGUGGCUUUGGACGAGGUCAGAACCACAACGUGCAAGGAUUCCACCCGUACCGACGCUAGCUGGCCGGCGCCGUGUGGACGUCAGGGCGGCCGAGACCCAGGAUUUAAAACUUGUGAACUCGUGACAAUCACAAACUUGGCAGAAAAAUAGCGGCUCACCGUUGGGGGGAGGGGGGCGAGAGGCUUUUGGAGGCGGCUGUGGGUGUCUGGACUGAAGUUUUUAAACAUAUUUCUUUCUCUAACCCAUCAGCACAAUAAAAAAAAGUCACUGGUUCAACAACAGGGUUUAAAAAAAAUGUCUUCAGCUUUAAUUCAAAACUUCAGGUUUCUUUUUCUUCCUUUUUUUUGAAAUUAUUUUCCUGAGCCUUUUGUUUUACCGUAUAUUGUAAACUUUUAUGUUAAAGAAAAAAUAUACAUUUACAAAUUGUGAGAUUUUUAAGAGAAAUUUUCUACGAUGUAUACUGGCUUAUUUUUUAAUUUAAAGCAGGGUUUCCGUCGGCACUGGUGGCAGUGAGGGGCGUUUCAGUGCCUCACUCCUGGCUUUGAGGGUCGGGGCUUGUUGGUCCAGAAACUCUGGGAGCUUACAGAAAAAGUCUACUGAGCGUGUUUUGUUUUUUGUUUAUUCCUUGCUUUUGUCGACUGACCUGCCUGGCAGCGCCCGCAGGUGCGCCGUGGGGGCCGCGCCCGCCCAGCCUCUGCCGGCGCCGCCCCGCGUCCGCCCCGGCAGCAAGGACAAGGAGGCCUUGUCAGCCGCUCUCCCGCGCACGUGGUUUCAGGGCAGGGCGUCCCCACCGACCAGUUUGGCCCUGGUUUGAAUAAAGAGAAGUGCGUUUGGAUUAGAAA